AUGCUCAUGGGCAUCACAGUGCCGCUGCUCCUCCUGCUGCUGGCCCUAGCCAGGUGGGGUUGGAGUGCUCAGGGUGCCCAGACUCAGGGGGCCCUACCCCCGGGGCCUACAGCACUCCCACUGCUGGGGAACCUGCUGCAGCUGGAGUCCGGACGCCUGGACCGUGCACUCAUGGAGCUCUCUGGCCGCUGGGGCCCAGUGUUCACAGUGCGGCUGGGCCCGCGCCCUGCAGUGGUGCUGUGCGGCUACUCAGCGCUGCGGGACGCAUUAGUGCUGCAAGCGGAUGCCUUCUCCGGCCGCGGGACCAUGGCUGUUUUCGAACGCUUCAUCCGCGGAAACGGCUUCGUGUUUUCGAACGGGCGGCGCUGGGGGACGCGGCGCAAUUUUGCGCUGGGAGCACUAAAGGAGUUCGGACUGGGAACGCGGACCAUAGAGGAGCGCAUCCUGGAGGAAGCGGCUUGUCUGCUCGGCGAAUUUCAAGGCACCAUUGGAACGCCAUUCGACCCCCGGCGGCUACUAGAUGAUGCUGUGUCUAACGUUAUCUGUUCGGUGGUCUUCGGGAACCGCUAUGGCUAUGAGGACCCGGAGUUCCUGAGGCUCCUGGACCUCUUCCAUGACAACUUCCGCAUUAUGAGUUCCAGAUGGGGCGAGAUGUACAACAUUUUCCCCUCCUUCCUUGACUGGCUCCGGCACCACCGAAUCUUUCAAAACUUCACGGAGCUUCGGGUCUUUAUCUCUAAGCAAAUCCAGCGGCAGACGCGACAGCCUGGGGAGCCCCGUGAUUUCAUCGACUGCUUCCUGGAUCAGAUGGAUAAGGAACAGGAAGACCCAGAGAGCCAUUUCCAGGAGGAGACAUUGGUGAUGACGACGCAUAACCUUUUCUUCGGCGGCACCGAGACCACGAGCACCACUCUGCGGUAUGGGCUCCUCAUUCUGCUUAAGUACCCGGAGGUGGCAGCCAAAGUGCGGGCCGAGCUGGAUGCUGUGGUAGGGCGGAUGCGCACCCCAAGGCUGGAGGACCGGGAGCGCCUGCCCUACACGAACGCCGUGCUGCACGAGAUCCAGCGCUUCAUCAGCGUGCUGCCAUUGGGGCUGCCACGUGCCCUCACCCAUGACGCCCACCUGCGCGGCUACUUUCCGCCCAAGGGCACCUUUGUGAUUCCUCUGCUCGUAUCUUCACACCGGGACCCCACCCGGUUCAAAGACCCAGACUGCUUCAACCCCACCAAGUUCCUGGACGACAAGGGCAAGUUCCAGAGCAACGAUGCCUUCAUGCCCUUUGCCCCAGGAAAAUGGAUGUGCCUGGACGCAGGCCUGGCGCCAUCUGACAUCUUCCUCUUCUUCACCGCCAUCCUGCAGCGGUUCUGCCUGCUCCCUGUGGGGAGCCCCACCAACAUCGACCUCACCCCGCAAUGCACUGGCCUGGGCAACAUCCCCCCAGCCUUCCAGCUCCGCCUGGUGGCCCGCUGUGGUCGGGCUCAGCUGCCCUCUGCUCACGGGCUCCCGGACCUUCUUUCCCCCUUUGGUCAAUAA